ACACCAACACACUCCCUUUCCCUGUAGCCGGGGAAGAAACGCGAAGCGGCGGCAGGAGCAGGAUUGACCUCCCCCGCGGUGCGCACCAUCCAUGGUCCUCCCCUGGAUGUCUGUCUGACAGGAGGGUUGGUGUGACUUUACUGAAGUGACAGAGGCAGGCCCUGAGUCAGAGGUGAAGAGUGCGAGAUAGGAGUCCUCCCAGACAGCUAGGGGCAGCAGCGGGCAUGCAGGACUCAGCCUCGGACAGCAAGAUGGCCAAACAGGAACAAAACUCCAAGCAUCUGGAUGAACACAGAGAAACAGACGACAUGUCCGAGAAGACGUCCCCAAACAAGAACCUCAAAUCUCCCCAGAAAGGCUCCAAACGACUCAAAACAGCCCCCUUCAAAAUCACCCUGCUGGACUCCUCUGAGUACGAAGGAGAAAUUGAGAAACACUCCAAAGGACAGACCCUGAUGGACAUGGUGUGUGAGCACCUCAACUUGUUGGAGAAGGACUACUUUGGUCUGACCUUUGCCGACACAGACACACAGAAGAACUGGCUGGACCCCUCCAAGGAGAUCAAGAAGCAGAUGCGCAACUCUCCAUGGCACUUUGCCUUUGCUGUCAAGUUCUACCCUCCAGACCCCUCCCAGCUCACUGAGGAUAUCACCAGAUACUACCUGUGUCUGCAGCUGAGGGAUGACAUGCUGUCAGGCCGACUGCCAUGCUCGUUCGUCACUCACGCCCUCCUCGGCUCCUACACCGUUCAAGCCGAGCUGGGGGACUAUGACCAGGACGACCAUGGCUCUGACUACGUCGCCGACUUCCGCUUCGCCCCCAAUCAGACUCGCGAGCUGGAGGAGAGGGUGAUGGAGCUCCAUCGAAACUACAAGGGGAUGACUCCCGCAGAGGCAGAAAUUAACUUCUUGGAGAACGCAAAGAAACUGUCCAUGUACGGGGUGGACCUCCAUCAUGCUAAGGAUUCUGAAGGGAUUGACAUAAUGUUGGGUGUCUGUGCCAACGGCCUGCUGAUCUACCGUGAUAGGCUGAGGAUCAACCGCUUUGCCUGGCCAAAGAUCCUGAAGAUCUCCUACAAGAGGAGCAACUUCUACAUCAAGAUACGACCUGGAGAGUAUGAGCAGUUUGAAAGCACAAUCGGUUUUAAGCUUCCUAACCACAGAGCGGCCAAGAGGCUGUGGAAGGUCUGCAUCGAGCAUCACACUUUCUUCAGGCUGGUGUCUCCGGAGCCUCCUCCAAAGGGCUUCUUGGUGAUGGGUUCAAAGUUUCGCUACAGUGGAAGGACACAGGCUCAAACCAGACAGGCCAGUGCUCUUAUAGACCGACCUGCUCCGCACUUUGAGCGUUCCACCAGCAAGAGGUACCUGCUGUCCAGGAGCUUGGACGGAGCAGAGUUCUCACGGCCGGUCUCAGCUAUGUGUGAGAACCACGAUGGACUGUCCCACCGCAGCAUCAGCGAACAGCGACGCCUCCACAGCCCCUCUGUGGAUGAGCAGGAGACCGAGCUAGAGCCCAGUUUGGAGCAGGACGAGGAAGACAAGGACCAAGAGCGGGUUGAGGAGACGGAGCAGGACUACGAAGGCAACAUCACACCGAGCAGGAAGAAAGAGAUCAUGGAGGAGGCUGGGUCACCAGUUGACAGUAAACAGGAGCUCUCUCAGUUGGACCAGGAGGCCACUCCUCGGCACAAGCAGGAGUUUCUGGAUAAGUCGAAGGACGUGUUGCUGAAGCACCAGGCCAGCAUCAACGAGCUGAAGAGAACCCUGAGGGAGCCGAACAGCAAGCUGUCGUACCGCGAGAAACGUCUGUCAGCCACCUCUCCAACUGGCACACCAGAGAAGAAGGCUUUGGUGGGCCGCACAGUUGGAAAGGACCCUGUUAACAGCCUCUCUGUUGAGGGUUUCGUCCAGAAGACUCUGGUGACUUCACCUGAGGGCUCUGAGGAGUGGGUAUUGAUUGAAAAACAAGAAACUUAUCAACAGGACCAUGACUGGAAGGCAGAAGAAAAGAACAAAUCUGAUUCCUCAUGGGAGAAAAAGGAGCUGGAAAAAGAGAUAAACGUUACCAAGAUGAUACAUAAAGAGGUAACGGGGUAUGACAGAAAAGAAAUGAAAAGCCAUAUUGAUGAAUUUCCAUCAACAAAAUCAUCCAGGGAGGCAGAUGAAUGCUCUGAACCUCAGCCGACAAACAAAAGUCGUUUUGUGAUUCAAUUAUCUGAGAACGCAGACUCGUUUCAAGACAAAUCUCAAAGUAAACCGUCUCGCGCCUCAGACCCUGAGGCAAACGAUGUGGCUCCGGGCUCGCGCCAGAUAAAGGAACGCACAGCUUCUAAUCCAAGGAAAAAGAGGAGACCCAAGAGCCUAAAUCUGGGAAUGCCUGGUGAGCUCAUCUACGGGAAAGGAAGCGAUUCAACUGAAGAAGAAAAUGAGGGCUCAGACUCGGACAACAGUCCAGCAAAGACCUCUAAAACAGGAAAUAAUUGUGAAUCGUCCCCGGGGGCGAUGAUAAAAGAUGAUCAGGGAUCAGGAAAGGAUCAGUCUGUCAGGGGCUAUAAAGACAGCCAACAAGAGGAUAUAGCAAUAGCAGAGCGGAGGGAAGUCUCCUCUCAAGGAACAGAGCAGGUAAAGAAAAAAGUGAGUCAGGCUGGGCCGGCUGAUAUCGAUUUAGGCUCAGUAAACGGGCCUAGAAAGAUAGAACACGAUAGUUCAUUAGCAGGUGGUAAAGGGGAGUAUGUGAUGAAGGUGCGAGGGAAGGGCCUUAUCGACAACAAAGAGCUAGCUGAAGUAAAACUGCGACAAGUCAGGACCCAUGAGAGGAAGAUCAGUAGUUCUGGUGGCGAGGAUAUGGAGGGUUUCCUGGGAGGUCAGAGGACGUCUUUCCACCGACUGUCCGGCAGCAGCUACCAGUCGGAAAUCACCAGGAUUGUUCCUCUCAAGCCGGAGCGCUCAAAAAGCAUAGCGUGCAAGGAUGAAAGGGAUAGGACAGGACAGGACGAGCCCACACGGCUAAUGAGAAGAGAAUACCGCUGGUCGGUGGGCUCUCCAGAAGGAUCCUCAGACCUCGCCUGGACUGACUCCGCAGCCUUCCAUCCAGCAUUCGCAGCAGAUCUGGAGGGUAUCGCUAAAGCAGAACAUCCCGACGAUAGCUACCAGUCUGGCAGAGGACCCACAGAGAGUCAUUCAUUCGGCUCAAAGAUUUCAGCGCUUCCCAAAAUGGCUCCCCCAGCCCCGCCAGUGAAAACACAGAAGGCGCGGGAGUCUGGACUAAUACUGCGGAACAGCCGAAAUGUCGGCAGGGAGCCGAGCCUGGACGCGGCCAAGAAGAGACACUCGGAGCCCGUCUCUACUCCUGCCAUUUAUGAGGAGCCGUUUGCUGAUUUCAAGAAGGAGCUUGGGGACAGGAGGCCUCAGCCGGUCAUAGCCUCAGAGGAAGAGCAGGAGCGGGACACGGUGGCCUGCAUGAGGGAAACCAUCCUGGGCAUCGAGCGCAAGUGCUCCAGCAUGACAGUCAGCUCCACGUCCAGCCUGGAGGCCGAGGUUGACUUUACCGUUAUCAUGGACCUCCACUCCGGCGUGGAGGACUUCUCCAAGGGAAUGUCAGAGCUGGGAGAGAGGGAGCGACAGCCUGAGGUGGGCAGGGAGGACUUUGAGGAGACUUCCAGGUUCUACUCUGCCCGUCUAAUGGGCUCCCGGGACAAGUCUCCAAUAGAGGAGAAGCUCCCAGAGGAGGGAACACAUCAUGAGCCUCCUGUGGCAAAGAAAGACGCCAGUGCUGUGAGCAUGGCCCAAAUUCUGAAGAGGGCUGACUCCAGAACAGAGACGCAUACAAAUGGAUCAGAGAUCCACCCACAAACCAUGAAUGUCUCACCUCAGACCUUUGGAGUGGUCAGCCCGCGGGAGGUUCCUGCUGCCGUUAAAGAAAAUGGCUCCCCUGUAAAAGCUGGAACCCAGGGGAGAGAAUCUGUUGUGUCCCCGCUGACCAUCACCGCUGAGAGCGUCACCUCAGCAACCACAACUCAAGUUACCAAGACUGUGAAAGGAGGCUACUCGGAGACCAGAAUCGAGAAGAGGAUUAUAAUCACAGGAGACGAUGAUGUGGACCAACAUCAGGCCCUCGCCAUGGCCAUCCAAGAGGCCAAGCAGCAGCACCCCGACAUGCUGGUGACAAAAGCAGUGGUUAUCAGGGAAACAGAGUCUCCCACUGAGGAGCUGCAGCAGCAGCAAGCAGAGUCCUGAUCGGCCAUGGUGGCUCCUGAGACGGGGGGACAGGAGAGGAUCCUCAAACUGUGUGUCUCCUGCCCCGCCCCCGCAGUACGCCACCACCCAGAUACGAGGACUCUCUACCCCGCCUGUGUAAACGCCGACACGAGAACAGACUGCAUUCCAUGAAGCAGUAGACCUCCACUCCUGUCCCUUUAGACAAACCAACUGUGACGCGGCCUCCGACCCAAACCCGGCCUCCCAGCACAUCCCAGCCCUACGCCUCCCUCAUGGACCAGUCUUCUGUUGGACGAUUUACCACUUGGUUUAAGCAAGUGGAGCGAUGCAAGCUUGAAAGUGAAACGCGGUCACAGCUGUAUGAUUUCACCUCUGUAAUAUGUCUGAAACUUUACUCCAUAUUAUUUAAUCGAAUACAUUUUGACUAAUUUAUCCCCAUAACCACCACCACCCCUGCCGCCCCAACAGCCCUCCCUCACAGAUGAUUUCUUUAAGUAAUAAAGCCCCCAAUCAUCUGCCACAUGUAAAAUAAAUAAUAUAUACGAGCAGAGGAGGGUUGAGCGGACGCAUGGGGACAUUUCUGGUGGUGGUGGGGUGGGGAGGUUGGCGCAGAGUGGCAAGAUGUGGCCUUUUGCUCUAUGUCGCCACCUCCUGGCUGUGACACCUUCAGUAUAAUCAACAGCUGUCUUAUUAGCUUUUUACAUUUUUAUCUAUAGAGGAUCUAAUUUAUGUCCAGUGUUUGCUUGUUUAUGAAAUAUGUAUAAUAUCAGAUGAUUAUAAUCCGCAUGAUUCAAUUAAAAAAUAGCAGAGGGAAUGAAAAAAUAAAUACACGGACAUAUUUACAUUUGAAAUCUAAGACGAUGGGACUUAUGGAGAAAAUAUAAAUAAUCAGGCUGAUAAGUAGUGGACACAUUAUUGAGUCCACUAAAGAAGGACCAUGGUGGACACUUCAGUGGACAGCUGGAGCUCUCCUUUGGAACAUACACUGUCCUUGUCCCACUCCCACCCCCCCACUCACUGUUAUCAUUUCGUCAACUCACCAUCUACGUAAAGAAAUGCUGGUCACACGUUUUGGGUACAGUUCUAGGAUUUUUAGAGAUAUUUUAUUAUAAAUGAUGUUUUAUCUAAUAAGUUUCAGGAAUGUGCUGAUAUGUUUUUAUUUGAUUUUACUGACUUCCAGUGAGAAACAGAGUUUGUGUGUUAUUCUUGUGUUUUUAGACGCUUCAGUCUUAACGUUUGAACUUGCAGACACCUUUUGCAGAGGUUUUAUUUUUGUUUGUUUGUUUGUGCUGUCACUUUGUAAGAAGUCCAGUGAAACACAACAAGUUAAUCAAAGAGAUCCCACCCAAAACUAGAGAGGAGUCUUUAAAUUGUGAUGCAAUGAGGAGAAAUGCAGUUGUUGUGUUGUUUGUCUGCUGUUCAUUCAACAUUUAAAAUAAUUUAAAAAUAUUGAUCAAAGCCGCUUCAAAAAGCAGCUUUGAAAAGCAAUUAGAAAAAAAAAUUACAUUUUGAAUAGUAUGUGCAUGGUCAAAGACACUGCCUGAAACGUUUAAAAAAACCCACAAGAUUAACAUGGGUACUUUUAUUUUUAUUUUUUGGGGUGGAUUAACUCUUUUAAGUUAUGCUGUAUGAGUUUGUAUUUAUAGGAGUGCUGAAUGUGAGUCUUGUGCUCUUUCCUCCCUGUUCUCCCUGACAGACAAAGCCAGGACUCACACACUUAAACGCCGUAUCUCCACACAACCUGUUGGCCGUCACAUGACAUAUAUCCUUUAAUAAUGUACUAUGCAUCACUUAUCAUAAAUGAGAAUCCGUCUGAUGGACCCAUGUUAGCCGUGUUGCCGUCAUUGUUGUGCUACUGUUAACCGAAGCAGUGAAGCGCACUGCCUGUGAGAUUUGCAAUAAGCAGCCAUUAUUCUUAUCCUCUGUCCUCUAAAGGGAGAAAACUGUGAACUCUCAUGCUUAUCGAAGCGUAACCAAAACCUAUAACACGGAGUUAGUGAUAUUCAAAAGGAGCUUUUCCAACACUUGUGGCCAUGGCUUUGUCGCCCCCUCGUCGUCUAAUCCUACCAAUCACCCUGACUUGAAACUGUCGUCCUGCUGUUUGUGUCUGAGGAAAUGAGAUUCCCCAAACUGAUUCUUUGUAUAUUCUACUUUAAUUUUUCUCUGGUCACAUGACACUGGACUGUUGUAAAGGCACUUGCUUGCAAUGAUAGCAGCACAUACUAGACCGUUGGGAAAAUAAUGUCUUUGCUGUAGUUUGGAUACACUGCUGAGGGAAGAGAAAUGACUGUAUGCAUCAGGAGAGACGUGCUGUGGGCGAGGUGGUGAGUUGAAGGAUGGAGGACCUGUAUUUAUAUAUAAAUACCCAUACUUCUGUGUAUUAUCCUGUAAACUAUGUAGAAAUGGACGGGAGCAGGGAUGUGUUUUUAAGUCGAGGCACUAAGUAUAAUCUGGAGGACAGUGUGAAUGGGUGCCUUAUGUUUGGGAGCAGGAGCCGGUUAUCAGUGCUCGACUGAAAGUGCAGUUAAUCACCGCGAGGCAGAUGUAGAAGUGACCUCUCCUCUCAGUCCAAGGUGAAGAGGAGCUGUCUUGGAAGUGAAUUACUGUCUUGUAAAGGAUGUGACAUUGAGCGCACUGGGGGAGAAGUCUUUCCGAUUCUGGACUGUGAUGUCCUCAAGCGAGAUGAAAGCAUUUAUUGGCCCCAUUAAUGUAGAGAACCAGCAUAGUUCAGAUUAUGGAUAUGAGCUUUUCUUUUUAUUUUCUCCGUGAAGAGCGUCAAAACUGCUCUGAUGUUUAACCUCCACCUUCAAUUCUCCACUGCCUUUUGCUCUACAUUCCCCUAGUGCUUGGUGGUGUGUAUUUGCUGUAUUUGCAUUCAGUCUAAAUGGAAAAACAUACAUGCAUAAAUAAAUGUCUCAGUAUGAUUA